GCAGCGUGGGACGAGACUAACUUGCCUCAGUGUGUGUUUGACCUCCACCCGGGGAGGAGGAUGCUGUGCCAUAGUCUUAGGAGGUUACAUCCGCACCUCUUGUCCACGUUGAGAGGUGAACUUCGGAGCUAAUUAUGUGAAGGAUUCAUUUUAGCGCGUGAAGUGGUCGCUUGUGUUAUGUUGAGAGAGGCGCCAGGGAAGGACUAGCAGGUCUCGAGUGAGUAACUUGAUAGUAAUCCUUGAGAAGUGUGGAAUUCCACGAUGGCUGCUGAUAGUUGAUGACGAGUGUGCCAGGAGAACCAGUGCCACAGAUAAGGUAGCCCGUAGGAUAUGCCAAGAGGAAACGUAAUUAAUAUGAGGCUGGAGAAGGUGGUUUGUCGCGCGUGUGUGUGAGACAGCCUUCACCCCAGGCUUGACGCCCACACUCGUAAAUCCCUUGCCCCACCACCCACUUGUCUACGCCCACGUAACCUUUUCCUCUGCCCUUCAAGAUGGUGACGCGGGCGGGAAAGGCCAGAGAGUUGUCUUCGACGUACCAGAGUUUCGCUGACACGGGUCCUACCUACUCUUACUUGGACCUGAGUCGCGCCCGCAGUGAUGAGUCCCUCAUGUGGGCGGCGGGGGAGGAGGCAGCCGCCCUGGUGGCCGAGCUGAGAGCCUCCCUGGCCGGGGCACCUUUCGUGCGUCCUGGCUUUGACGACAACGACCUCCUUGAGGACGACCUGGAGAUGUCGGUUCUGGGCAGGUCGUCCCUGGGAAGGGCGUCGUUUGACAGGUCGUCCCUGGGGAAGUGUUCGCUGUACAGCGGUACAGGACGCUCCCUCUCCUUCACUGACCUGCACUCGGCUGCCACCUCGGCCGAGGACCUGCGUCUAUUUUGCUUCCACCCGUCGCGUCUGCCCUGCAGCGCCCACUGCACCUCCCCCCACUCCUCCUCCUCGGCCUCUUCCACCGCCUCCUCCCGCAGCGCCGCCUCCACCGCCAGUAGCGGCGUCAAUAUCCUGGGUAGUAGGAGUGGCGUCAAGCCCACCACCAUGAGGACCUUUGGUGGCAGCUGGCGUUCCCUGCUCAAGAUGGGCGGGAUGAGUGGGCGUGGGAAGCCGACGGCGGCAGUGAAGGUGUCACCGCCCACAGUGCCAGACACAGCUGGCGGGGGCAGCCAGCGGCACUCUGGCUCAUCGUUCAGUUCCGGUGUGUACAGCAGCGGCGGCGACCAGCGGUCAUCAUACUCCUCAUCCGUUAGUGAUGACAACCCCCCGCCCUCACCCCGCAGCCCCGCCAGAGGUGUCGGGUGCGAUCAUGGGCAGCUGGGGCGGCUGGGUGGCGGCGGUGGCGGCAGCAACAAUAGCAACAGCAACAACAACAACAGCAGCAACAACAAUAAUUCACCGUCACACUACCACAACCAGCAGUUUACCUUCCCUGCUGCGCCACACCAGCAGCAAAUGCCCCAGUUUGCGCACCUGAUGUGCCCUAAGACGUCACCUGGGUCUCCCCACCACCUGACACAAGAUAACACAUACUACCUCACCUACCAACACCAGACUUCCCUCGAGGACCAGGGUAUUGAUGUCCAGUCUCCGGGGCGGUCAAGUCCAGGGUCAGGCAGCGGGUCGUCCACCACAGGGUCAACAGCGUCGUCGUCAGGAGGGUGUCGCAACUCCACUACCUCCUUGGACUCCGGCCGCGCCUCCACCACCACCCACUCUCAUCAGCACAGGUUGAGUGGACAGAGCUACGACAGCGGCUCCAUCCUCCGUCACAGCUACCACUCGUCCAGCUCCAGCCUGGGCUCCAUGGAACACGACCCCGCCACCCACCUCAAUGUUCCUGAGCUCCUCAACAACGGAGUCAGGGAUUCAGAGGUGUUAAGAGCUUGGUUAACAGAUCUUCGCUUUGAGGAAUACUAUGAAAAAUUCUUGUUGGCUGGAUAUGAUAUGCCAACAAUUUCACGAAUGACUCCAGAAGAUUUGAAUGCCAUUGGCAUUACAAAGCCUGCUCAUCGAAAGAAACUUAAAGCUGAAAUAACUAGGCUCAAUAUCUCUGAUGGUCUACCCGAGUUCAUACCGGGUCGUUUGGAGGACUGGUUAUCAAUGUUGCGCCUUGAGGAAUAUACGGCUUCAUUGAAGCAGCAGAAGUACAUCUCUGUGGAACAGAUGACUCAGCUCACCUGGGAAGAUCUGGAAGAUAUUGGGAUUACUAAAUUGGGGCACCAGAAAAAGGUGAUGUUGGCUAUCAAACGUGUAAAGGACAUAAUGGCUGGAAAGAAGUUUGCCAAUAAUCAAGACCCACGACAGCAGUCUCAUUAUGGAGCUCAUGAAAUUAUGAUUUCUCGAGAAGCCUCAGAGGGACGAGACCAGUAUGCCAGUGUGCCAGAAUUUCGUACGUUUUCUGGUCCUGGACACUAUGGGACGGGUGAGCAUAACCGGCUGAGUGGUCCUACAGAGUCUGGAGUUCAUUAUGCUGUACAAACUCAUUAUGCUCCAGGUGUUCAAUAUGGUCCUAUGCCCCCUCCUCCACAAGCUCACGUACAUCCUAUGUCUCAACAGCCUGGGCCAUUUCAUCCAUCUAAUCAAUUCAGUACUCCGCAAGGGCCAUCGCCUCCAGGAUCAAAACUUUCAAAUAUUCCACCUCAUCCUCUCCCUGGGCCUGGUCAGGUUCAGUAUCGGCCAGAUUUGGUUCCAGUCCAAGUCCGGCCAGGUGGUAGAGGAAGGAGUAUUGAGAGCUUAGAGGAGCCUAUUUAUGGCACAUAUCAGACGUUCCACCCAGAUAGUAGACUACAGUUUGUUCAGGGACCUAUGUCACUUGGAAGUCUACCACCAAGACCUUUCCCUCCAACAACUAUGGGAUCAUCAAAUCCUCAGCGGUCAAUGGAUGAUGGUGACAUUACCCCUACAAAUGAAUAUGCAAAUAAUUAUGAGGGUGGAGGAACAUUACCCAGACCUCGCACUGCCAACAAACUCCGACCAGUUGCCAAAGUAACAGCAAAAACUCGAGUAGAUGUCCAUGAGGUGCCACAGUUUAUUAAAGAUGGAAUGAACCUGAAGAAGCCAUCUCAAAAAGAAGAAAUAAACAUGAAGGAAUUAAAUUUAAAAACGUUAAAUCGUCAAAAUUCUGAGAAGAUAUAUAAUUCCAGCCAAAAUACUGGAAGUACUAAUAACACACCACAGGGAACACCCAAGAAAAUUCCACCUCCUCCCCCACGCCGCUCAAAUUCCAUUAGCGAGACAUCCAAAGAAGCAGCUUCACAAGAAAGUCAGUAUGGGUAUUUGCGAAGGGGAUUGUCAUAUGGAUACAUGGGAAUCAAAAAUAAUCUACAACCUGAUGUUACUCCAGAUCUGCCACCACCACCAGCACCACCUGAUAGUGCCAAUCACCAACACCUACCUGAUGACUUCCCACCACCACCACCUCCGUUAACGUGCGUUACAAUGGCUAGUUCUACACGCAUUACAGCCAGCUCAACAAUAACAACUUCAUCUAUUACUAGUGACUCCUUAGCCACAUCACAAACUUCAACAACUUCAUCUGAAGAUGAUGUUUCAACAGGGUUUCGACCCAGGCGAAAUGAUUCCAAUGCUAGUUUUAAGUCUACCUCGAGUACAGAUUCUGAAUCCUUGCCUUUCGCUAAUGAAAAUGCUGGGACUAUUAAGCAACGAGCCUGCCGUCCUCAUCCAGGAUUGACCAUACUGGAUACUCGAAACUCUCCACUUUCUUCCCCGCGUUCCUCUCCAGCAUUGCGUCGGAAGGAGGGUCAGCCUCCUCUGCGGCAGAAUCCUAUUGCCAACACAGAAUCCUCUACUGGACAAAUGGCAAAAUCAAACUCAAGUUCUCCGGAUGGCACAGGUGAUGUCCUGAAUGAUAUUGGCAAUAUGCUAGCAAACUUGACAGAUGAACUAGAUGCAAUGCUGGAACAGGAAGUUAGUCUAAAAAAUUAAGCAUCCAGAAUCUUCAGUUAAAGAAAAAACCUAAAAACCACUGUACUGUAUAUUCAUAUUAACAGUUUUGGUGCUUGUGGUACAACCUUUCAAGUCAUUCAGAAUAGUGUUGAAUUAAGGAAAUGUCAUUAUUUUUAAAUAAUAGUAAACUACUAAAAUGCAAACAACAGAAAGACUUUAAUCUCAAAGUUAUAAAGUAAAUUCUUAGUACAAUUAGAAGUUCAAGUAUAUCUUUCAAGGCUUUAAUGGUGACAUAGCUAAUAAAGUCGAUUCCAAGCCUGGUUCAGCAUACCUCAACACCAUGUCUGAAUUUGAUAUUACUCUGUCAGUCUUGUUAUAAAAUUGGUAACAUUUUUAAAGGGUCCCAACGUAAGAACAAAUAGAAUUUUAACCUGCUCUUUGGAUAAUAUUUUAGCUAAUUAUUAAGACUGAUAGAGUCUUGUUAAUGUAGAAAAUGUGCUGAAUAGUUAUUUGUAUUUGUGUGACUACUUGGCUCAUAGCCUAUAAACAUGUCAUCUUGUAGACUGAAAAGGUACUUACAUCAAUGUUUAUUAAUCCAUUUGCAAUGUUUUGCAAGCAUUUGUAAUGUGAUCUCAAAAGCAUUAGUGUUGUCUUACUGUACACAUGCUAUUCAGUAAUUGCAUAACUGACAACUAUUGAGGCUACAUGAAACCAUAAGAUGAAUACUGUAUAUGUGUAACUGAAAAGGGGUUUGUGCUCUACCAAAUGGGAUUAGAAGAUAGAGUAGGCGUUAAAGUGCAUGUCAGCCAUAAACCAGACAAUCAUGAAACCAACCACACUUAGGCUUUUAACAGCUUUACCACUUGCUUUAGGAUGCUUAUUAAAAUUAAAAUUGUUACUGCAUUGAAAAGAAAAUUGUAUUAACAAAUAUAAACAAUGAACAACAUUUAUUCCUGCCUAUGUACUUAUAAGUUUUUGACUAUGUAGAAGAAUUUGUAGCAAGUAUAAUUCUACACAAAGGCAACUCCUCAUAGCUGUCAAUCUUGUUCCAGAGCCUUAGGCUGAAAAAUGGGGUUAGGUUUUCAUAAUGCUCUAAUAUUCCCCAUAAUUUGAGGACUGUGAUUGGUACCUUUAAAUGAGCUUCCAGUCUUGAGCUCUCAUUUAUUUUUGUUUUAUGUUAUAGUCGAGUAGGUAUCAGUAGUGAGGGUAGAACCAGAAUAGUUGUACUAUGUCAAGUCUCGUCCAUCAAUCCUGGAAGACAUUUGUUACCCAAGAAGGGAGUGGUACAAAUUUUGCAUAUUUUUUUAGCAAGUCUACCCACAUGUAUGUGAUAAUUUGAGCUCCUGUAAUGUUCCUCUCCAGAGCUCACAAAUGCUGAUUUUAUUUUAUUAGAUAGCAAGUGUUGUGUGGUAUCAUGUAAUUCCUCCUCGCUACUCAUCUUAAUCUAUAUAAAGCACAAUUUAUGUUUUCAUAUAUAAAUAAAUAUAUACUAGUCACUUAUACAGGCACAAACACUGCAUUAAGUGAUAUUAUAUAAUUAAUUGGGGGUAGGAAAUAUUUUUUUUAAUUUUUGUGUAAAUACAAUGUGUACAGAACUUGUAAAUAUCCGGGGUGAGCCUCGCCGACCAUUGUUUACAGAAUACUAUACAUACCCAUGUCAUUUAUAAUUGAAUAUAAGAAGCAUAAGAUGGCAGAGCUUAUUUAAAAGAUAUUAAAUCUUAAACUACAGAACUUAUGUUUAUGGCAAGGCUAUGUAUAGUUUUCUUUAUCAUAGUCUCAUUGAGCUUUUGAAAUAUUAAAGCUUACAUUGAGGGGGGAAAUAAUCUUUUAUGUUCUCACUAUAGUUCAAGUGAGGCAGGUGCUGGUGGCAUUUGCAGUGAUAGUAUAAAAUAGUUUUGUUCAGCCCCUCUUCCAUGAGUAGCAUCUGUUAUUUAUCUGAAAUAUCAUAUGACUGCUAGCCAGUUUCCAACUAUCUCCCUCAGUCUUACUCCUUCCCAUUUGGGAAUCAUUGCUGAAUGCUCACUUUUUACCUGUGUGAUGGAUUUUGAGUUAUCACUGUGUCCAUUAAAUUCUGAGUUAGUGCAGAAAUUAAAAUAUUGAGAACAAGCAAAAUAUUUGACUUUUAUUUAACUAUUUUAUAAGUAGAUGGCUUUUAUCUUGUGUUCAGACAUCUGAGACAGAAUUUCCAGAUUGAUGUGCUUCUUAAGCAUUGUCAUACAAAUAGAACUGCCAUAAGAUAGCCCUUUUCCAAAACAUCUUGUGUAUUGACACAUUUCUGUGAAUUAAGAUAUAUUCAAUUACAGUAAACCCUCAAUAUAUUUGACUGAUGGGGGAUUCAUGUUAAAACAAAUAGGAAAAAGCAGUGAAGUACUAUUCUGGUGUACAUCUAAUAUAGUACUGUACAUAUAAUAUGAAAUAUGAAAACUCAAUGUGUUAAAAGUAGUUUACCCAGUGGAUUUUGCCUGUUAUUUCAGAGUCCUCUAUAUAGAGGUAUAUUACAGCAAGGGUUUACUAUCUGCAAAAACUAGCUUUACUAAUAUAAUUUAGUUUAAUAAUAUGCAACCUAUCUUAUUUAACAUUACUGAAAUUAUCAUUUUAUGUUCAGAUUAAUUUUGCAGAGUUAUUACAAUUAUUAAUUUACAAUAGUUUACACUGCUUAUUUGGCAGAGCAACUGUUGCUUUACAAGCCAAGAUAACGAACACAAAUUGGUGAACGUGUGUUUUUCCACAUCUGCUCAUACAUAAACAGGCUUGCAUAUGUACACACGCAGUACAUGUAUAUAUGUUUAAAGAUCCUAAUAACAGCGAGUAUGCGCGUGUCGAGAGAUUAAAUUAUAGUACAAUAUACUUAGUAUACUUUAACCCACACUGGCCACCUUUCACAAAAAAAAAAAAAAAAAAAUAAAUAAA